AUGGAAGAAGUGGCAGUAAUUAUUGUAGGAGCUGGCCCUUCAGGCAUAGCAACCUCCGCAUGUCUCAAUCGACUUGAGAUUCCAAACAUUGUGUUAGAAAGGGAGGGUUGUUGUGGCUCUCUAUGGAAGAAAAGAGCAUAUGACCGCUUGAAGCUACACAUCCCUAAGCAAUACUGCGAGCUGCCCUACAUGUCCUACCCUUCUAACGCACCAACAUUUGUUCCCAGGAAUGGCUUCAUUGCUUACUUGGAUGAAUAUUUGUCACAUUUUGGCGUUACCCCGCGAUUCAAUAGGUCGGUGGGACUCGCAUUUUACGAUGUUGAUGCUGGGAAAUGGCGCCUUGAGGUGACAAAUGUUUGCUCUCAUGUAAAGGAAGUUUACGUCGCGCAGUUUCUCGUGGUUGCAACCGGUGAAAAUGCUGAAGGUGUUAUUCCUGAUAUCCCCGGCCUUGGUGGCUUUGCAGGGGAAUACAUGCAUGCUAGCCAGUUUUCUAAUGGAAGAGAAUACAGAGGAAAAGAUGUUUUAGUUGUUGGGUGUGGGAAUUCUGGCAUGGAGAUUUCAUAUGAUCUCUGUCAAUCAAAUGCCAGGACCUCCAUUGUUAAUCGCAGCCCGGUACAUGUGGUCACUAAGGAAAUGGUCAGUCUGGCAAUGAUUUUGCUGAAAUUUCUCUCUGUCACAUCAGUGGACACAAUCCUCGCAAAGCUUUGCAAAUUAAGGUUUGAUGAUCUGUCCGAAUACGGGAUUCAAAGACCAGAAGAGGGUCCAUUUUAUCUUAAAAAAACGCAAGGUCGAUCUCCCACCAUCGAUGUUGGGUGUGUGGACAGAAUCAAGGAAGGAAAAAUCAAGGUCUUUCCAUCCAUGGCAAACAUACAAGGAAAGAAAAUUGAAUUUACGAACGGCGAGAGCAAUCAGUUCGACGUCAUUAUCUUUGCCACUGGCUACAGAAGCACUGUGGGAAGAUGGCUAAAGGGUGGUGAGGAGCUCUUCGAUGACAAUGGAUUCCCCAAACAAGACUUGGUGAACAAGUGGAAAGGAUCAAAUGGUCUUUACUGUGUUGGAUUUGCAAGAAACGGCUUGCUCGCUAUUUCAAGCGAUGCCAAAAACGUAUCGCAAGACAUCAGUACUCUGAUUCUGAAUUGUCAAAACUGCUGAGAAAUAUUCCUUCUGUGACGAGUCUCAGGCUCCCUUUUCUUUUCACCCUGAUUUUCAUCUUAAAAACAG